AUGUUUACAGGGUGGCAUAAUCAUUUAGACCCAUCUCUAAACAAAAAUCCAUGGACAGAAGAGGAAGAAUCCACCCUUAUUAAAUAUCACCAAAUUUAUGGUAACAAGUGGGCUGAUAUAGCUAAGUUUCUGCCUGGAAGGUCUGACAAUGCAAUUAAGAAUCACUGGCAUUGCAAGGUGAAGAAGAAAAUGCAGGUGGUGUCUUCACAAUUAUACUCACCAGUUGUUUUACAUGGUACAAACAAUAGUAAUAAUAAUCAUACCAUAGAAGAUGAUAGAGUGAGUAAAGAAGUAACAAUUGAAAGGCAUUCAUCAUCAAAAUUAUUCGAAGGAUAUGAUCCUAACAAUAAUCAUAAUAAUAAUCAUAAUGAUAAGGCACCAGUACCAGCUUAUGAUGAAGCCCAUAGUGCUAGUAGUUCUUAUUGUUGUUAUAGAUUCAUGAGAUUGUUGAGGAUGUCAGCAGCAACUUUCCCCAACACUCCUUCUAUUAUAAGAAAGAGCAGUAGAAGAAAUUAACUACUCAUCUAAUAAUAUAUUUAACUGGAGAUGAUGAUGAUCAUCAUAAAAAGAUGAUGAUGAUCUUUUCCUCCAACAAUGGAAAAUAGUAUUAUGAAGAUAUAUUUAUGUUAUAACUAGAGAGCUGGAGAAGAAGAUCGAUUUUCUGGUGAUCAUGUACUUGUUGAUAAUUAAUGUUUAAUCUAGUUUAUAUUUUUUAUUUUAGUUUUUUCAAAUUAUUUGUUAUAUUUUUAAAUUAUUGUUAACAUGUAAUGUAGAUCAUUCUUUGUAAUCUUGAAAGUGUGUAGAUUUCUUAUUGUUGUGUUUUUUUUAAGUGAACACAAAAAUGGAUCUUUUAAGUUUUAUCCACAAAUUAAUCAACAUAUAUAUAGGAUUUUUUUUAAGUGAUAACACCACUUUUGCUACUCAUAAGAGCAUUUUAUUUCAGUUUUAAUUGGUUUAAAAUGAGAGUGUAUAGAAUUAAAAUGAGUUGUGAAACAUGUAAUUAAUUAUUUUAUUUUUAUUUUUAAUUAAAUUUUAAAACAGUUACCCUUUUUUUUAUAAGUUAAAACAAUUAUUCAUAAAUCAAAAUAGGAUCAUUUUGCCAAGUUUCUAAGAAAAGCAAUUAUUAUUUUCUUCUUCUUCUUCCUUUAUUUUAUCAUUUCCUUAAAUUUAGAUAUUGUAUAUGUAUAAAAUAAUUUUCUAGAUUUUCUCUAGAGCAUGUUGGCAUGAAUAAAAAAACUAACCAAAUAAAAGAUGUGUAUACUAAUCAUCUAAUAAUUUUUUUUCGUACACAUUUCUAUUUUUUUUUUAAUAGAAUUGAAGAAUUUGAUAAAAAAAAAUGAAGAAGGUAAGAAAUAAGCAGUUAUAGAGUGUUCUUUGCAUAUAUAUUUUUUUUUUUUAAAACUUAAUUUAUUAUUAUUGUAACAUAAUAUAUGCCAAUUGAAAAAAAAAAAAAAAAAACUCUUUGUACAUGGGAGGGUUGGUUAUAUUUUUUGGAAAAAAACAGAAAAGUACAAAAAAGGAAAAAAAUUACAAAAAUACUCUGGGCCGGUCCAUUAAACAUUUAUACAGUCCACAUACAAAUAUUUACAAAAAUACCACAUGCACUAAGCCUUCAGCUGUAAAGAGCGAACAUUGAAGAUGAACAUAACUCGAUCGUUUCAAAACCGCAAAACAACCAAAAUGAAACCAAAACGAGGAAAAUAUAACCAUUAAUUCUGGCGAAAUCAACUGGAAAAAAAGACCUGCAAUGAUCUAAACAGAAAAUGACGAAAAAAAAAAUCAAAAAACUGUGAAGAAACUAAAAUUACACAUUUGUUUUCUGUUAUAUUCGAUCAAAACAACUCCCCCUAAUAUCGAAAUCAAGAUUCAUGAAAUGUAGAUCUGUAACAAACAGAUCUGGAGCUCCCACCAAAUCCAAAAUAAUGUAUGAUGUGAAAAAUUUUAAAAAAAACCUCAUGAAUAAUACAUCUACGUUAUAUAUAGUUGUAUUUUGAUUGAUUACUGGUUUCCAAUAUAAAUAUAUUUUUUGAAAAACACAAUAAGAAGAGUAAAAUCGAAUUAAGGUACAACAAGUUAUGUAUAAGUCUGUUUAUUUUUUGUUUUGGUUGUCUUAUAGUUGCAUUAUCGUUUUAUGAUAGUUUAUAUAUUAUGCAGGAAUUUAAUUUGACAGGGACUAAGAAAUAGUAGUUAUACAUAGUAAGUUUUGUGCAAAUAGUUGCAUAUUAGUUUUAUAAUGAAAUAACAUAUGCAAGUAGUAAAACUAUAAUAAAACUACAAAACAACUGUAUACAAACUAAAAUACAGGAAAAACUCUUUGAAUAUCAACAUCCAUGAUAAAUCUCAUUGUUACCCAUUGAUGAUAUAAAAAUGGACAGGAAACAACUAGAUUAAAAACAUAUUAAAAAAAAAUACAUACAAAAGGUGUUUACACUAUUAAAAAACUAUGAAAAACUAUUACAAAAUGAGAAAUCAAUAAACACAAAACCCACAAAAGUUGAAUAUGAAAAAAUUUAAAAAAUGGGGGAAAACCAAAAAGAAACCGAAAACAAAUCUCGGUUCGAACAUCAGCACCAACAUCAGCUUUUUUCCCAGAAACGUCUUCAUCCAUGAUCAACUUCAACCUUCCUUUUCCUAUUCUCAGAAGUUGGGGAAAUUUUCUCAGAAAUAUAAACUUUAAAUUUCUUCUUCGCAGGUCCACGACCCCCGUUUCAAUACAGGCAGAGCAAAGUCGGAGUCAUCAUCUUCUACAACUGGGUAUUUUCCUUUGGACUUAUUUGCUACAGAUUUAACACUCAUUUUCAAAUUUUUUUGGGCAAUGGAGAAGGGGACGAUGAAGAACAAGUAAUAGCCAUGAAUAUAUAUAAGUUCAGACCAAAGAAAAUAGAUGACAAAUAGUUAUGGACAAUCGGUUAAUGGAAGUUAGAAAAGAAAAUGAUAGAAAAUUGGGUAGUGAAAAAAUGGGUUUUGAUUGUCACUACUACAAUGUUAGCCUCUAGAGGCUAUUUUUUUACCCCCAUUUAUAAAAAGGGAAGCUAAAGGGUGUGAAAAUACCCGCUAUGUUCGAAAUUGACAUUUAGAGGCAGUUUUUUGAUAAAAACCGUAGGUAUAAAAUUGCAUUAUACCAUUUAGAGGCGGUUGGAAAUUAAAUAUUAUUUUUUUUUUCUGGACGAUCCUAUGGCGUCGGUUCCUAUGAAGGAACCGACGCCAUAGGGUCGUCUAGGGUAUAACUGCUUGAUCGUCUUCUUCCUCCCCACUUCACUUAGCCAACCCAGCAAACCAGAGAGCAAAUAACCCAGCAAAACCCUCGCCCAGCCACCUCCUCCCCACCAUAUCUCCCCCAUAUCUCAACCAUUUGAGCCCAUUUUUUUUAAAAAUCCUCCAUUUUCGGUACUUAAUAACAUACACCUAAAAAGUUUUAUUUUUUUACCCUCUUUGAGUGUCAUCCGAACCCAAAUAGAAAAGUUUGGGUUUCAAAUCCGGCGACCCAUUUUUCUUGAGAAAUCCUUGAAUCUCAACCUCGUUUAAGGUAUAAAUAUUGUUUCUAUUCAUUUUUAUUAUGUACAUUGUUUUAUUUUUGGUUUUUGUAAAUUAUUAUUUGAGUUUUUUUAUUUUAUUAGUAAUAUUAUUGUGUUUUAUGUGUAUAGUGCCAGGAUUUUUUACGGUGGUCGUCGGAUUGCGGUUAUUAGGUAAUAAUUUAAACCUCAAUGUAUAGUAUAUAUAUGUAUUUGUAUAUUUUAUUGAAUAUUUGUAUAUAAUGUACAUGUGUAUAUAUUGUGGUUAUAUAGUGUGUAUAUUUUUUUAUGGAAAUAAAUUUGGCAAUUGUAUUUUAUAUAUUUUUUGUAAUAUAUAUUUAUUGUGAAUAGAAUGACAUUGGAGGGAUUUCAUUAGUUUAGAAAUAAAAAUUUUAAAAUUGAAUUAGUGUGUGAUAUAAUUUUAUUUUUUUGAGAUAAUAGUGUGAGAUAUAAUUGAUUAUAUAUAUGUAUGUAUAAUUUAGUAACUAAGUAACUUGUUACAAUUUUUUAUAACUAGUUAUAAGUAAUGAAAUAAUUAAUUUUGCAAUUUCGCUGUAUUUCUUUAUAUUGUAGGUUCGGCAUAAUUUUGUGUGUAGCGUAUUUGAGCUUGCAAUUAUAGGUAUAUACUUUAACUAACUUUUUCUUAUUAUAUAAUUAAUUAUCAAUGCAUGUUAGUUGAGUUUGAAUAUCUUAAAUAUUCAUCCGUAGUGAAGUAGGU